GAUUUCUUAAUGAUCCUGAGGCUACGAAGGAUACUAUAGACGAAGAAGGAUGGUUACAUACAGGCGAUAUAGGGUACGUUGAUGAUGAUGACGAGCUCUUCAUUGUUGACCGAUUAAAGGAGCUAAUCAAGUUCAAGGGCUUCCAAGUGGCCCCCGCUGAGCUCGAAGCCUUACUCAUUGCCCACCCUGGUAUUUCUGAUGCUGCUGUUGUACCUAUGAAGAAUGAAGCUGCAGGAGAGGUUCCUGUUGCGUUUGUAGUGAAAUCAGGUGCUUCAGAUAUUAACGAAGAGGACAUCAAGCAAUAUAUCUCAAAACAGGUUGUGUUUUACAAAAGAAUAAAUCGGGUUUUCUUCACAGGGAAAAUCGCAAAGUCCCCUUCAGGCAAAAUCUUGAGGAAAGACUUGAGAGACAGGCUUGCCGUAGGACUACCUAACUAGGCCUUUCUCAAUGGCAUGCAUUUGGGGUAUUUACAUAAAUGGCCAAAU